CACUUUGUGUCCGGGGGACACAAAACGCGGUGGGACACGAACGCGUCGUCUCUCGGGGGGGGACAGCGGCUCCUCUGAGCUGACUUCAGGGCAGGGGAACGCUUCUCAUGAGUGCGCGGCGGCUCGCACCGGCCGAGCGCCGGAGUCGGUCGGAUGAGCUGUCUUGAGUCUGACGCCGGCGUUGUGUUGUUGGAGCAGGGAGAUGGGCGACGCGGCGGAGCAGGACCUGUACGCUGUCCUCGGUGCCGGCCCCUCGGACUCAGCCCAGCAACUCAGGCACCGGUACCAGCGUCUGGCCUUACAGUACCACCCAGACCGCCAUGCAGGAAGCAGUUCUGCAGAGGCCGAGUCCGGGAUGAAGAGGUUCCUAGAGGUCGAUGCCGCCUGGAGGGUCCUCGGUGACCAGACAACCAGGAGACAGUAUGACCUGCAGAGGAGAGCACAGGAGCUGAAACAGGAUUGGCCAGUGGACUCUGUCGUCCAUCUGCAGGACAUGAUCUGGGAACAGAACGAGCGCGUGUACACUCACGGCUGUCGCUGUGGGGGAGGAUUCCACGUCUCGGAGGAGGAGGUUCAGGAGGUGACGCGCAGCAGGCGGCAGGACGGCGAUGAAGAGGAGGAGGCGGAAACUGGGGAGCGAGAGCACGGAGGAGGAGGAGGAGGAGUGGUGGUGUGCUGCGACACGUGUUCCCUCGCUGUGUGCGUCACGCGGUAGUACACGUUGGACAUGUACGAUAAGAACUGUUGAACUUUGACCUCGGGCCACGGCCCCGAGCCCGAUGAAGAAAUAACGACCUCACCUCCACCUGCCAAUUAAAAGGCUCCGUGUCCGACUCACCGCCGCCACGUUGUGUUUGCACGGGCCGGUUUGUGGCUGUCAUCCAUGUAAUCUGAUUCCUUAGCGCUUCUCCGGUAGUUCCACCUCUAUGUGUCCUGCUCCUAAAUUGCUCCGGCGAGCUGUGCCUGUGUGCAUGAAUGUGCAUGUAGGAAUUAGUCAGAUCGCUGAUUGGCAGGUGGCCCCCUGCCUUCGUUGGAUGGAUGAUGAUAGUGUGUUGAUGUGCUUCGAGGGGUUAGAGGACUAGAAAAGAGCCUUCAGUGUACAAUCCAUUCACCGUUUGGGGUCAAGUGUCUUGAACGAGUGGAGCCGCGGAUCGAAGCGUCGUAUCCACACUCAUGUGAACUAGACGGCAGCAGCAGGAGAGCAAGUCCACUUUAGCCGUUUCGGUUGCGUUGAAUUACAAUUGAAUUCAAUGCACUGUAAAAAUGACUAUAAGGGGAAGGUUUGUCAUAACAUUAAAAGGAUUUAUUAAAGUUAACUCUUUUGAAAAGUUGUUAUCGGAAGAAACUUAAAUAAAUCAUUUUUAAAAGGGAUGUCACGACAAUAUAGAAAAGAUGGAAGUGGAAUUUACGUCAUGUUUAUCUUGUUUGUACUUCUUUAACACACAAAUUGGUGCUUAGUAAUGGAAAAGUUCAGGUAUCAGAAUUACUAUUGCAAAGGAGAAGAAAUGGAACACGCGUUUGAUUCAUUGUUCUCGAAUUAAGUGCGCUUUUACUUUGAAAUGACAAAGAAUUCAUUUAUGUAGUGAUGCAUUCAGUCAUAUUGACAUAUUUUUCUUGCAGAAUACCAAAGUGAAUUUUAAAUGGUCUUUGGUUUGAAGUGUAUUGUCUUAUUAUUUAUGUAUAGAUUUGUGUGUAUGUAAAGAGGUAAACAGUUCUUCUUGCAGGUCUGACCUAAUGGACUCUCAACAAAAAAAAAUAAAAAAUAAAUGCAGACUCGUA